AUGGCUCCUUCCAGGUCUCCCUCUCCAUCGCCUUCUACGUCCUUCAAGCGUCGUGUGCGACCAUGCGCUCGAAAAGUCGAAAGAGGCUGUUGUCUGGUAGCGACCUACUUUCCACUGGCCUUUGUGUACGGCUUGACAACGUGGGCAGUUUCAGUGGAGGCCAGUAUAGGCAUACGUACGACUGAGACAACGCCGAAUGUGCCAUGGUCGAGGAGGGCUCUUUCGCUUCUAGGCAUCCUGAUGUAUAUCAUGCUAAACAGCUGCUACACGAUCGCAGUCUUCACAGACCCUGGUUCGCCUCUGAAAGGAACGAACAGCAGCACAAGAGAUGGGAAAUACUCUGUCUUACCGACAUCGGAAGUCGCAUGGGAUACCCGAGGUGUUGACACAAUCACUGUUUCCUCUACUGGUGGCGCUCGAUACUGCAUUAUCGGGCUCGUCAUUACUGCAUUUACGUCCUGGCAUAUGUACUUGUGUGUACGCGGGCAAACGACCAUCGAGUGCUUGGAAAAGACACGGUACCUGGCUGGUGUGCGGAAAAAGGUGGAACAAAACCGCAAUGAGCAACACUACCUGCAGCAACAGCACAAGACAGGAGGUCCAGAAGGAGGGAUAUCGGAGAGCUUGCAGAGAGCUGGGGGACAACUACUCGAAAUCCAUGCCAACGCUGUACCUGGCGCUUUCAGGUACGAGGAAGGCGAAGAACAUAGUUCUCCUACUCCCAGCGUACGCCAUGCUUUUCCUGCGCCAGCUGCGACCAUGUCACAAUACAGUGAUUUCCCAGCUGAGAGCGACCAUUCACCAGCGCAACAGGCAUUGCGAAAGAACUAUACAUCCUACGAGACAGAUCGCGAACGCGAACGCUACGAGGAUUAUCUCGACGACAAAGAAACCGCGAAGAUGCCAAACGCGUUCGAUCUAGGGUGGCGCAAGAAUUUGAUACAUGUCUUCGGCCUUAACCACUGGCUGUGGCUGUUACCAGUAUGUAACACUACUGGUGAUGGGCGAAAAUGGGAGGUCAGCCAGAAAUGGAUGAUUGCAUCUGAAGAGGCGGCGAGGAGGAAAGAGCAGCGGUUACAGCAAGCCAAAUUGCAAGGACACUGGUCUGGCUCGCCAGUACCUCAACGAACAGCAGCGGGUGCAGGACGACAUUACCGACAAGAGGAGAACAGUCACAGCUACGACGAUAGUUCUUCCGUGCAUGGACAUGGUUCCAUGUCGAUGCAAUCACUCCGUAAAUCUCGCAAGCAACGUCGUGAUUACGACCUUGCUGGAGACGAUGGUGACGUCGGCAGUUUUGAAGUCAGCGAUUCUGACGAGAGCAGUCCCGACAGUGGAAGUGACGAUGAGCAUGAUGCUUGGAAAAAAUAG